AUGUCGCUCAGGGAUAAAUCACGUUUCCAAUGUGAAGUCUGCUUAAGACGUUGUAAAACCAAGUCUCUUCUAGAAAUACACAUGCGUGUUCAUACUGGUGAAAGGCCUUUCAAGUGUGGAAUGUGUUUAAAGGAUUUUUCAACCAAGAGUAACAUUAAAACGCACAUGAAGGUCCACAGUGGACAAACCAAAUUCAAAUCCGUGGUGUGUUCCAAAGGUAUUUCCUCAAGCUCUUACUUACAACAACAUAUGUUGAUUAAUACUGGCGAAAAACAUUUUAAAUGUGAAGAGUGCAAACAAUGUUUCACAAGUAGCGACUAUUUGAAAAAACAUAUGUUGAUUCAUAUUGGUGGGAACCCAUUGAUAUGUGAAGUAUGUCAAAAAUGUUUUACACGGAGUUCCAGCUUAAAACAACAUAUUUUGAUUCAUACUGGUCAGAGACCUUUCAAAUGUGAAGUGUGCACAAAAUGUUUUAUGACCCAUUCCAAUUUGAAAGACCAUAUGUUGAUUCAUACUCGCAAGAAACCUUUUAAAUGUGAAGUGUGCACAAAAUGUUUUAUGACCCAUUCCCACUUGAAAAAACAUAUGUUUGUUCAUACUGGCGAGAAACCUUUCAAAUGUGAAGUGUGCACAAAAUAUUUUACACAUAGUUGUAGCUUGAAACAACAUAUGUUCAUACAUAGUGGCGAGAAACCUGUCAAAUGUGAAGUGUGCUCAAAAUGUUUUACGCACAGUUGCCGCUUGAAAGAGCAUAUGUCCAUUCAUACUGGUGAGAAAUCUUUGAAAUGUCAAGUGUGCAAACAAUGUUUUACGACUAGUUACUACUUGAAAAAACAUAUGUUGAUUCAUACUUUUGGGAACCCGUUCAAAUGUGAAGUAUGUAAAAAAUGUUUUACACAGAGUUCCAGCUUAGAACAACGUAUGUUUAUUCAUACUGGUCAGAGAUCUUUCAAACGUGAAGUCUGCAAAGAUUGUUUUAUGCACCAUUCCCACUUGAAAGACGAUAUGUUGGUUCAUGAUGUUGAAGAGUCAAGUUUCAAGUGUGAAGUAUGCUCAAAAUGUUUUAUGCAAAAAGCCGGCUUGAAACAGCAUGUGUUGAUUCAUACUGGCAAGAAACCUUUCAAAUGUGAAGAAUGUAAAAAAUGUUUCACACACAGUUCCAAUUUAAAACAGCACAGGGUGAUUCAUACUGGUGAGAAACCUUUCAAAUGUGAAGUGUGCACAAAAUGUUUUACACAGAGUUCUACCUUGAAACAACAUAUGGUGAUUCAUACUGGCGAGAAACCUUUCAAAUGUGAAUUGUGCUCAAAAUGUUUUACGCAGAGUUUCAGCUUGAAAAAGCACAAAAAGUUUCACGUUUGUUCCCUCUUUAAAAAAACAAAACAUAUGGUCUCACUACAGAGUUGACUUCCAGGUGAGAGUACAUUCAGCACGGUCCACUGUUCCUAAUUGUGACACAUGUUAUGUUUCACAUAUUCACUUCCAGAAAAUGGUGAAGAAUUAAGACAAUAUGUAUGCUUAAUGGUAAGCGAUGCGGCUGUAUUUUGCCCAUGUUAUUUUGUAAUAUUGUGCAUUUAACUUUUGGGACAUGGGUGUAUAGCGCUAGAGACAGCCGGAGUGAAUCAGUUAAUAAAACACCUGUUCGGACCGGUACUACAGACA